GUGAGUUCCUCGCGGCGCGCGCCCAUGAGUCGGCUGCGACCUCCGAGCACUGGCGGAGGGCGGUCAAGACUGCGGACCCGCGACUCGGGCUCGCGCCGAUGGUGCUGCACCUCGAAGGAGGUUAUCUGGUGGUCGCUGCGGCCUACAGGUUCCCCGGCCUCGGCGUGCAGGGCGGCGGCAGCAGGCGCCAACAGCAGAUUCGCGGGUGGUUCUCUCUCGCCGACUGGAACCUGCUGGGCGCGGAGCCCGAGGCCGCGGGCCCCCCCGAAGGGGCCGGCGGGCGCGCGGUGCACUCCCGCUGCGCGGUCACGCGCUGCAAGGGGCGGGCAGCCCCAUUGACGACGCGCUGGUGGCGCGCUCUCAUGAUCGACCUCCAGUCGGUCCUCCAUGUCCCGUGGACGGCGCGCUGCCGUCCACAGUUGCAGAUGCGGGGCUCGGGGCGCCAGUGGCGGCUGCGGCAGCUGGCGGCCCCGCUGCUCGCCCCCCCCCAUCCGAGGCCGAAGAAGCAGGCUGGCCCGACCAGCGCGUCGUCGGUGAGAAGUGCGGCGCAGUUGCCCCGCCAACGCGCUCGGCUGCCCGCCGAGCUUCGGGAGGGCAUCGACGAGCUGCAGGCCGCGGAGCAGGAGUGCCGGGGAGGCGAGCGAGCAGGAUGCCGUUGGGCGCCCGCCGACGCCGCUGGUUGCGCACCUGCGAGCGCCGGGCAGGCCGUCGGCGACGCCGCCGAGCCCGUCGCGCGGCCUGGCGGGGAUUUCCUUUCGAGGUCUAUGGAAGCGGCGCCAAGGUUGCCCCAGUUCGCCAGCGCGCUGGAGGAUGCGCUCAUGGAAGAUCCGGAGCACGGCGACGACUGGUUCGUCCGCGACGUCGGUGGAACUGCAGGCGCAGCUGG